AUGGAUUUAUCUAAGGGUGCAAAGAGAAAAUUAGGAGUGUUGUCCAACAUGUGGAAGAGGUGCAAAUCCUUUAAAAAGGGAAUGAAGGUGGCGCCGGCGCCGGUGGGGUAUUUUCCGAUCUACGUGGGCCCGGAGAAGGAAAGGUUCAUGAUCAAAACGGAGCAUGUGAACCAUCCCCUCUUCAAGAGUCUACUGGAAGAAGCUGAAUCAGAGUAUGGAUAUGGUCACAAGAGCCUCCUCAUGCUUCCAUGCCAAGUUGAUCGCUUCGUGAAUGUGUUGAUGGACUGUGAUGAUGAUGAUGAUCAACAAAUUGGCUGCACUUUUGUUGGAAGGACUCAAUCCUCUAACUACCAUUUCCUUACCCCACCAACACCUACUGCCUUGGCUCGAUAA